AUGGCGCCUGACGCCCCUGAUCCGCAAAGCCUGAAAUCAUGGCAAGAUGCUUUUCAAUAUCCAAUUCCCACAGUGCGCCGAGUGGAGCAGGAGCUGCGUCGGGACAUUGCGAGCAAUAGGGAGAAGCUCCGAGCCCUCGUUGGCACGCGCUACCGAGAGCUCGUCGGAACCGCCGAAACGAUCGUGGAAAUGAACAAGGAGAUCAAAGAUGUGGAAGGUAUUCUGACCGACGUGGGGCGUCGAUGCAAUCCACGGCUUGUAGAGAAGAAGCAUCAGCAUGCGCGCCAAAUGAAGAAGGACGCUGCGAAUCUCGAGGUCGUUAAGCACAACUUUGGAGCACAGAUGGCCCUGCUCCACCGUUGCACAACAACCAUUACCCGGCUCCUGCGCCGGCGGGCUUCAUUGCUCCUUAUUGCCAAGCUUCUUGUCAUUUCUCGCCUGCUAUUAAAAACGCUUUCCCAACACACGCCAUCACCGCCGUUUUUGGAGGAUCUUCGCAAUCAAUUGGCUACUUUGCGACGUACGCUUCUGAAGCGUGUCGAGAAGAAGUUGGCCUCUGCCAAAAGCUCGGACGGCAGUAUCGUCGAGUCUUUGUCAGCAUUUUGUCUUGCCACAAGCUCGUCCUUUAGUGAUGCAGUUCACCAUUUUCAUGAAGUUCGACUUGAUGUCGUAGUGGGCCUUCUGAGCUCGUCGCACCUGAACGUUCCCAAAGCUCUUCAGCUUUUUGUUCGGACUCUACAAAACUCAAAAAUGCUUCAGUCUCGUCAAUUCAAUGAUGCUCUCUCCAAGCUCAAGACCCAACCCAUUCUCUCCGAUCCAGAUAUCCGGUCCCUGGAGGGCCUCGAAAUUGAUGUCCUUAGCCGCUGGGCUGCUCCCGAGGUCAUCAAUUUCACCCCGUGGAUCAGAUUAAACGAGCUGAGCCGGUCCGAAGCCACACAAUUCGUCAAAGAAUGGUCUGCAAAGGCAUUCGGGGACUUUGGGAAGACUGCCGGAACGGCUCUUGCAAAGGGCACGGAUUUCGCUGAGAUGCUGACUUUACGUGCCGCAACCAUCGAAUCAUGGCUGAGUUCGUGGGGAUCAACAAUCACACACGGAUCGGAGAACAUCUUCGAGUGCCUGAGAAAACUUUUCAAUGACAAUUUAAAACGAAUUUUAACCAAUCAGGUGUUUGCCAUUGACUCGGUGGCGGCUCAGAUCUCAUCUGCAGUGUCUGACUGGGACACUAGGGAACACAAACUAAUUCGCUCGCUGUGGGAUCCUGAUUUGAUUUCCUACGAUUACUCAAACGGGGCUUCUCACUUUAAAGACGCUGUCUUGGACCGUCUUCUUGGGCGCGACGAUGACGUCUCCGCUGCAUUGAAGCAGUACAAAUCGUGGCUUGCAUCUGUUCAGGACGUUCACAGCUUCAUUGAGGACAUUCGGCGGCUCAAAUGGACCGACGUACUUAUUAUCGAAGGCGAAGACAUUGAAGUCACUUCUCGUCUCAACGACGAUGAUCCUCAAAUGCUUUCUGCCGCUCUGCGCUCGGCAGCUGAAGAGGCUUAUCAAUCUCUUCAAGCGUCACUUAAGAAAGCUCUUCAGGAGAUCGGAACAUCCCACACUGGUUCAAAGAGCAUGUUUUUGCUUCGGCUUGUCCGCCUCAUCCGCCGCAAUAUUCCCCCCGGGUUUGUCGCCGGAGAUUCUCUCUUUGCGGACAGUCUUGUGGUGGAAUUGCAGUCGGUCCUUGCGGAAGACAUUUGUUCGAACAUAAGUUUUGCUGCAUUCAUUGCCCCAAUCCCACAUGGUUCCAAUGCCGACAUUCUGAGAGGUGUACCUGGGCGAUCGCUCUGGGGAGGCGAGCCUCCUGCGCCUGUUCAGCCGUCGCCGACAACAUUCCGAUUUCUUCGCCGGUUGACUGCGAUCCUGGACGAAAGUGGACCCGAUUUAUGGGAUCCCUCGACGACCCAGGUUUUGAAACAAACACUUGGGAAGGUCUUGAAUGAUUCUGGGAACUCCACCCUCGAGAAGCUGGAGUCUUCAAAGGCUUGGAGCGGGGCUGCUGUUAGCUCUGCAGAAGGGGCCAAAGAAUCCGAUGUGGGCGAAAGAUCCGACGAAAACAAAACCGAAGAAGCAAACAGGCCAGGUACCGAUGAAAAUAGCCCGGACACUCAGGUCAAGGCUGACCAUAGCAACACAAACAACGAGAUUUUGCGUGAGUGGAAGAUCCAACUACUUUUUGAUACUUACUAUUUGGCGACGAUGCUUGGGGACACCUCGCACCUAGAAGGUCUUGUCCAGCGGGUUCGGGAAAGCGUGGAGCCUAGUCCUGAAAUGAUCAAGACAAUUCAAAAAUCGGCCAAAGAAUACUGGAAGCGGACAGAGCUGCUCUUUGGUCUUUUGGCAGGGCCAUAA